AUGAAUUCAGAAAAUACACAGAACGAUUCAAAUAACUCAGAACCGAAGGCGGGAAUUGACAACAACAACAGAAAAAAAGACCAUGAAAUAAUAAACAACGUAUCUAGGAAGAAAAAUGACAAUGUAUCGAUUAUCCAAGAUGUGGAAAUAAUCAAUGACAAACCCAAAGGAAGAAACGAAGAAAAUAAGGAAGAAAGACAGAAGAAAGAAAGUGUAAACAUUUCUCAAAAAGGUAACGAUGGACAAUUGGGCAGAAGGGAAGGGUUAACUAGACAGGAAGAAGUGACGAAGAAGAAAGAAGAAGUGACGAAGCAGAAGGAAGAAAUAUCGAAGCAGAAGGAAGAAGUAUCGAAGCAGAAGGAAGAAGUGACGAAGCAUAAGGAAGAAGUGACGAAGAAGAAAGAAGAAGUAUCGAAGCAGAAGGAAGAAGUAUCGAAGCAUAAGGAAGAAGUGACGAAGAAGAAAGAAGAAGUAUCGAAGCAGAAGGAAGAAGUAUCGAAGCAGAAGGAAGAAGUGACGAAGCAUAAGGAAGAAGUGACGAAGAAGAAAGAAGAAGUAUCGAAGCAGAAGGAAGAAGUAUCGAAGCAGAAGGAAGAAGUAUCGAAGCAGAAGGAAGAAGCAACAAAGAUGAAGGACGAACCAGCAAAGCUGAAGGACGAACCAACAAAGCUGAAGAAAAAAAGCUCGAAAUUGAUAGAACCCAUGAAGAAGAACGAAGAAGAGAAGAACCCAGUUGGGUACAACCAUGAUGCAAUGGAAAGUAUUGAAAAUCUCUGCAAAGAGUUCGACUUGAAAGACCUCAGCUCCGGGUUGACAAUAGAACAAGUAAAAAUAAACAGAGAAAAAUAUGGAGAAAAUUACAUUGAAAAAGAGGAUGCUAUGCCAUUGUGGCUCAUAUUCUUAUCACAAUAUUGUAGCCCUGUUGUAAUGUUACUACUUGUUGCUGCAACAGCUAGUUUAAUAUUAAAUGAAAUUGUAGAAGGAGUUGCUAUUAUUAGUAUAGUUACACUAAAUGCAUGUUUGGCAACUUAUAUGGAGAAAUCAUCAGGUGAUGCAAUAGCAAAAUUAGCAGAAAUGGCAUCUCCUCAAUGCACAGUUUUACGAAAUGGACAAAAGAUUUUAAUUCCAUCAAGGGAAGUUGUUGUUGGGGAUGUUGUUAUAAUAAAUACUGGAGAUUCCAUAUCUGCUGAUUUAAGAUUAAUAGAAGUAAUAGAAUUAAAAACAAAUGAAAGUUUAUUAACAGGAGAAUCUGAAGAUAUAAAGAAAACACUUAUACCUGAUGAUUACACUACACCCUUUGCAACAAAUCUAUGUUUUGCUACAACCUCUGUUACAAAUGGUUCAGGAAGAGGUAUAGUAACAGCAACAGGUUUAGAAACACAAGUAGGAAAAAUUGCUUCUCAAUUGAAGAGAUCAAGUAAAGGUAGUAAAUUAACCCCUCUACAAGUAUCAUUAAAUAAGUUAGGAGGAUUAAUUGGUAUGAUUGCCAUUAUAGUGUUAAUAUUCAUUAUUACAUUAGCAGUUCUUAUUAAUUAUAGAGAUCCUGCACAUGCAGAUAAGGACCCACUAUUAGUAAUAAUUAUAAUAGGUGUAGGUUUUGCUGUUUCUUCAGUUCCAGAAGGAUUACCAAUGGUUGUAACUAUAACUUUAUCAGCAGGUGCAAAAGAUAUGGUAAAAAAAAAUGCAAAUGUUCGUAAAUUACCAGCUGUAGAAACAUUAGGUUGUUGUUCAGUCAUCUGUUCAGAUAAAACAGGAACAUUGACAGAAGGAAAAAUGACAGCAAUCAAUGUUGUAACAUUUUCAAAAAAUUCUACACUAAGUGAUGAAAAUAAUAAAUUAGUGAAAACUUUUGAUUUUUAUCCAACAAAAGGAUUUGAACCAUAUGGUGGUAUUUUUGACUCCAAUGAAUUAACAAGUGAAAUAAAAAAAAAAAUUGUUAUUGCGAAAAAUCAAGGUAUACCUUAUGAUUCCAUUUUGUAUAACUAUGGAAAUCCAGAAUAUGAUUCCAUAGAUGUAAAGAAAAUAAGAUCACUCAUGCUUGCUGCAUAUCUAAAUUCAUACGAUACCACAUUGACAAGAGAUUCCAAAACGUCAAAAUGGGCCAUACAUGGAAAUAUGAGUGAAGGCCCUAUAGUAGUGGCAGCAGCAAAAGCAGGUUACAGUUUUAUCACAAACGAGAAUCAUAAUUUGUGUGAAAUGGAAUACACACGAUUAGACGAUUUGGAAGUAACUUUUAAUUCAUCCAGAAAAAUGAAAAUUACUUUUUAUAAAUUGAAAACAGAAAACGAGUUUGAAUAUAUACAUCUAGAAGGAGGAAAUAUAAAAUUUACACACAUUGCAUUAAUAAAAGGUGCUCCGGAUAAAUUGUUAAAUCGAAGCACACACUUGUUAGAGGAUUCAAGUAAAGGUCCUAAAAUUUGUUGGGAAAAAAAAAUUACAGAAAAUGAAAAAGAAAUCUUAGCUAAAAAAAAUUUAGAAUUAUCACGAAAGGCAUUACGAGUAUUGGCAGUUUGUGUUAAGCCACUUACUGCUGAACAUAUUACAUUGUUAAAAAAUUUAAAUGAUGCAGAUGAAAGAUUGAACUUUGUUAAUUCAAAUGAGUACAGUGGAUACAUACCACUUGGAUAUAUAGCCUCUUUUGAUCCUCCAAGAUCAGGUGUUAAGGAAGCAAUUCAGACAUGUAGAGAUGCACAAGUAAAGGUUAUUAUGAUCACUGGUGAUCAGAAACCAACGGCCAUUGCUAUAGGUAAGCUUAUUGGUCUCACAAAUGGAAAUUCUCAAAUGAAAGGAGAAAACGAGAAUGGAGAAUUUCAUAGUAAAGAAGAAGAGAAGGAGGAGGGCGACGACAACGACGACGAGGAAAACUCGUACAAUAUCGAAGCAAUUGAAUGUUCAGAGUUACACAUCAAUAAGAACCCAAAUGAACCCGUAUUACCAGACGAAGAGUUAGAUAAAUUCACAGAUAAAAUAGUUAUAUACUCGCGAGCCCAACCAGAGGAUAAAAUUACAAUCGUUCAAUCUUUGAAAAGAAAAGGAUAUCUUGUGGCAAUGACAGGAGAUGGAGUAAAUGAUGCACCAGCUUUGAAAGCAGCAGAUAUUGGAGUUGCAAUGGGUAUUAACGGAACAGAAGUAGCGAAAGGUGCAUCUGAAAUGAUUUUAAUUGAUGAUAACUUCUGUACAGUUGUUAGUGCAAUAGAUGUAGGAAGAACAAUAUUUUCAAACAUACAAAAAUUUGUUUGUUUCUUACUUGGUACAAAUAUAGGAGAGAUCCUUUACCUUUCCAUUGCAAUAGCUGCACAGAUGCCAUUCCCAUUAGAGGCUUUACAAAUUUUAUUUUUAAAUUUGAUGACAGAUGGAUGCCCAGCUGUCGCUUUGUCACGAGAACCUCCAAAUCAUGAUAAUAUGAAAACACCACCAAGGCCUAAGAAAAAACCUAUUAUGACAAAAAGAUGGUGGUUCUACGGAAUCAUACCACAUACUAUAUUUGAAGCAUUAUGUGUUCUUUUGUCAUUAGCACUCUCUUUAUAUCUGUGCACAGGAAAUUACACUCUUAAUGAUAUUCACAAUUCUUGCAAAACUGUACACUUACCUGAAAUAAUUAAUGGGCAAAUAAAACACGAAUUUAAAUAUUUUUGUAGAACAUAUGAGUAUAGAAUUUCCCCUGAAUAUGUUGGAUGGGUAACGAAUAUCAAUUUUUGGCAUCCAAAAAAAAAGAAAACUGUUACAUUUUGGGGUGCUGCUAAAGGAAAGAUAGAUAAUAUAAGUCCCCAAUCAAAUGAAAUACAUCCACAUAUUAGAACUAUUAUGGAAGAUGGAUGUCCUGAAAAUUUAAUGCAAGAUGAUUGGGGAUGGUGUAAACCACGUGAUGAUGCUACUGUGAGAGGAAAAGAUGAUAAGAUAGAUGGAACAUUUCCUAAAAAUUUUGAAGACGUUGCAUCUAAGGGAUCAAAAAGAGGUAGAACUAUGGCAUUUAUAUCCGCUAUUUGGUGCGAAAUGCUUAGAGCUUACACUGUUAGAAGUUGGGAACCAUUUUACAAAGUCUUUAAUAGAAACAUGUGGAUGCAUUUAGCAUGUAGCAUUUCAGCCACCAUGACAUUCUUGUCUACAUGCAUACCUGGAAUUACUUCCGUUCUUAACACUACUUGUUUACUGUGGUGGCAAUACCUCUUUGGCAUCUCGUGGGCAGUUCUCAAUUUAAUUCUAGACGAAAUUAUUCCAAAGGUUAUGUAUCGUAGAAAAUAUAUGUCUGUCAAGAGUUGA